AUGUGCAGCAGUGCAAAGCAGAUUCGACCGCUGAACGGCAUCAAAGUGAUCGAACUGGAGGGCUAUGUGCCGGUACCACACUGUGGACUCAUACUCAGUGAUUUUGGAGCCAAAGUUACAGGAGAAAAAACACUACCUAUCGACGAGCAUUGUUUGACUAGAGGAAAAGAAUUGAUUUUGCUAAAUUUGAAAACAGAAGAUGGCUUGAAAAAGGCUCGUGAAAUGAUAUUGUGCAGCGAUGUCCUGUUGGAUCCAUUUCGGCCUGGUGUGCUGGAAAAAUUGGGUCUCGAUCCAGUGAAACUCUUGAAAGAUAAUAAGAAACUUGUGGUAGCGCGUUUGUCGGGAUACGGUCAAACUGGUGACUUGUCGCGGACCGCCGGGCAUGACCUUAACUUUGCUUCUAUGUCAGGUAUUCGCACUGGAAAUGAAUUUUUACCGAAGGAUUUUUUGAAUGCAAUAGAAACUAAGAAAAAUAUAAAUGUAAUUUAUGAAAAUCUGUUCGCGAUAUAA